AAGCUCCCGCCAAUUCUGACUUGAGCGCGAGGGUGAUAGUUCCGCGGGGAUGUGAGAGGCGGCCGGCGGGGAAAAAAAAAUCUCUUAGUCACAGAUAAAAGUCAGUCCAAGAAAAACUUAUUGUUAUUAAAAAAAAGAAGAAGAAGAAGACGCAGUAACACGCAGAGAAUUUUGUUCUCCAUUUUCAACCGUAGAGCCCAUGAAGGUUUGGGAAGUUCGCUGGACGUGAAUAGUUUCACUGCUCCCUUUUUCUCCUUUCUCGUGAAUUCUCCUCGGUAACGAAGUGAAUGGUGGCGGUGAUGCUCGCGGCCGAAGAGCCUUCUGCGGCCGGGCCUUUAGCCUGCACUCCCCGAAGAGGUAUGGACUGUGUGGGUAAAGCCAGCACUGCCAACAAGAAACUCGUUCAAGCACGCCUUCCCUUCAAACGACUUAACCCAGAACCCAAGGAAACCGGGAAGACCAAAAGAACCCGAACAGCAUCUGCUGCUCCUCCUACCCAUGAACCCAAUUCUUCUGAUGGGGAGAAUGAAGCUGAUGCUACCUCUGCACCCCUGCGACCAAGACCCGCUCUGAAAAAUGGCCGUGGGCCCCUCGAUGGUUUUAUGAGGCGGACCAAGUGUCCUCCAGUUAGUUCUGCUUCUGCUGUUAUUGACCUAACAGAAGACUCAAACUCUACUGAUGUCAAGACACAGCCUUCUGCUCCUGCGGAUGCAUCGUGUACUCCUACAGAAGAAGCUGCAAAAAGUACCCAAAAUGUCACAGAGACAAAAGAGCCAGAAGUAGCCUUUGCUGUUCCGCUGUCGCCAGAAGAAUCUAUGGAAACGGAUGAAGCUGAGGACAGCGCUGCUCUCCCUCAGCUGGAUAGCACUCUGGAGUCUGACUCUGACACUGAGCAGAAGCAGCAACAAGAGACUGAAGAGAGUCAGGAGAAUGAAUCUCUGCUGUCUACCAGCUCUGUGUCACUGGUCGAGAGUUCACCAGAGCCUAGCAAAAGCACACCAACCACUCCAGCAUCAGUGCCAAGGAUGAGCGCUGGGCAGAAACAGUUAAAAAGACGCUCACUUAAGACUGCUCAAGAACUGGAUGUGAAGCAGCGACAGCGAGAGGAGAAAGAGCGGCAGAAACAGGAGGCCAGAGCUGCCAAAGAGAAGAAGAGAGAGGAAGCACGGCGACUGAAAGAGGAGAUGAAGAAAGAAAAACAAGAGAAGAAAGAGAAGGAGGAAAGGGAACGGCGAGAGAAAAGGGAAAAACACGAUAAAGAAAAGGCAGAGAGACAGCAGGCAAAGGAAGAGCAGCGCAAAGUGAAGAUUGAGGCUAAACUUGAAGAGAAGAGAAAGAAAGAAGAGGAAAAACGGUUGAAGGAAGAGAAAGAGAGACUCAAAGCAGAAAAGGCUGAGAUCACUCGAUUCCUGCAGAAACCCAAGCCUCAGUUAGCACCAAAGACUCUGGCAUCAGUCUGUGGGAAGUUUGCGCCGUUUGAAAUCAAAGACCAUAUGAUUUUGGCCCCGCUUACUCGGGUGCAGUGUGAAGAGGCGGUUCUAGAGACGCUAGAUCGAUACCUGACAGAACCAGAUGCCACUCUUGACUGCUUAAAGGACUGGAUAACCCAUAAACCCCGCAAAUCAGGACCAACCAAACCCAAACAUACAGACACACUGAGAGACUGUGUGGUGGUUGAUGACAGUGGACCAAAAACAGAAGGUGUUCCUGACCACAUACGGUACGGACGCAUGAAGCUUCUUCAGUUUCAUGAAAAUUAUCGUCCAGCCUACUGGGGCACAUGGAGCAAAAAAAGUACACACAUAUCACCUCGAUGCCCUUUGAAGCUGGACAAGGAUUUGCUUGACUACGAGGUGGACAGCGAUGAGGAAUGGGAAGAGGAGGAGCCAGGAGAGUCCCUGUCACAUAGCGAAGGGGAUGAUGACGAUGAAGGUGAUGAUGACGAUGAAGACGAUGGCUUCUUCGUGCCACAUGGUUAUCUCUCAGAUGGGGAAGGAGCACUUGAAGAUGAGGAGGGUGGUGACCCUGAGAAGCAGAAGGUGCGUCAGAAGCUCAAGGCUCGUGAGUGGGAUGAGCUGAUGGCUAAGAGUAAGCUGAAAGUGCUGGAGGCAGUGGUGAGGGGCUGCAUGUGGGAAGGAGAGGAUCCUCAAUUAGACAUGCUGCAGCCCUACGCGGUCUGCAUGAUCGAGCCUCUGAACAGUGAGGAGACCAACACGCCUGAAGAAAAUGCCACACGCCAACAGAGAAACGACCGCUGGCUCUCUCAGCUGUUGCCUUUGUUGCAUGGCAAUGUGAACAGCAGUAAGGUGAUCAUCUCCGAAUUCCAGGAGUUUUGUCGCCAGCAAAAUCCCUCACCAGACGGCAGCCCACAGAACUCUGCAGAUGUUCCCCCCAGGAUUCGAAUCAAGCGUCUCAUGAAGGAAAAUGCUGUAUAUGAAAAGCGAUCGACUUACAGGCGGUGCUGCUGGUACGUUCACCCAGAUGUUCUGACUCGUUUCGGCCAGGAGGCCUUACCGGUCCCCUGUCAAUGGACCUACAUCACCUCUGGAGCACACACACCCCGAGACGAAUCCACCUUGGGGUCACAAGGUUCCUCUCCCACUGCGUCACAUUCCACUUCCACCACUCCCUCCAACAAGAGGAAAAGUGGCAGUAACCAGUCCAUUACAAAGUACAUGAAGAAGUGUGGAGAACCUGAGCAGACUGAAGCAAUGGAAACAGAUGGCUUUCAGGCAGACACUGAGGAUGAUGAUGAUGAUGACUGCGUUAUUUUGAGCGAGCAAUCUGGAUCUUCUGAACAGAACAACCAAAUCCCCAGAACAGAAACCAAGACCACAGAGGCGAUGGACACUCUUCUCUCUCUUCCCUGCCCUACACCAGCUACAGCCUGAGACA